AAAGAAUCAAUAAAAAGCUAGUGGUGUUCGUUGGAUUCAAACUCCCUCCACUCAUUACGAUGACACUCUCUCUUCUCUCCCCUUCUCCGUCUGCUCUAUGCUUUGUCGGUUCCACUUCUAAUUCGUCGUCGGCUGACUUCACCGGCCAUUUCAGAAAGCUAUGGACAAGCAGAAGCAGAACCGGAUCGGCACUUCCGGUUCUCACGAGAGCUUCUUCAGAGAAAGACGAUGAUAAACCGGCAUUCAACCCGUUCGGUUUUGUCACUGACAAUCCGUCUAGCCGAAGUGCAAUUCAGAUGCCUGAGAGUCCCGCCGAGGACGGAAACGUCGGCCAAAUGCUUUACAGAAUUGAAGACAAAGGAAAGGAAUACGGAUCAUAUGUCAAAUCAGGAAAAUUUAGGUGGUUUGUGAGAGAAACAGGAUCACCUGAAAGCAGACGCGGGACAGUUAUAUUUCUCCAUGGAGCUCCAACACAAUCAUACAGCUAUCGAGUUGUUAUGUCUCAGGUUCUAAUUCUGAUAUUAGAUUUCACUACCUUUGGAGUUAGAAAUUUUUGCUAACAGUAUAGGAUAGUC